AUGGCGCUGCUCCUCCCACCACCCCACGCCCUCUCCCCCAAGCCCCCCUUCCCCUCCGCUCUCCGCUCGUCGAGGCCACCCCGUAUCUGCCGCGCCACGGCCGCCGGUGGUGCCGGGGUCUCCUCCGCUCCCCCGUCGACCUCCUCGCCGGAGAAGGCCCCGGCGUCGGGCGACGCCGGUGGGAAGAGGAGCGGUAAGAAGAGGAGGGCCCUGAAGCCGAGCUUCGAGAAGCAGGCCCUCCGCCGCUGGUCCGCGAGGGCGCCCUCGCAGCGUGCGUCCUUCCCCUGGCAGCAGCCGCCGCCGCCGCCGUCGCAUGGAGGUGAGGGUGAAGGUGCGCGCGGUCAGGAGUCCGGUUGGAACGGAAGCUCCACGCUGCAGUCCAUUGUGGAUUACUUCGACUUCGACUACGACUACGACUCUUCUGAUGGAGAUGGCGGAAGUGGCGGGGCGGGGGGUGACAGGGAGGCCGGCGACGGUGUCGUGGCCCGCGCCGAAGUGGCCGAGGACCGGGACGAUGGGCCGCGGCCCGAGCCGAGCUACCUUCUCGGGAGCCGGCCGGUCUCAGCGCCGUGGAUGCACGGGGAAGAAGAGCCCGUCAAGAACCAGUUGGUUUCUGAGGAGGAAGGGGUGGAAAGGGAUGAUGUUUCAGAGGAUGAGCUUGGUUUGGUAGAUGGAGACGACGAUGAAUUGAGCAGUGAUGAGGAUACCCACCUAAGUGGCAGCUCAGAUGGGGAAUUCUCUGAGGAUCAUGCCGCGCCGAUGGCAAAUCCUUCUCUGAUGGAUUCAUUAGUGGACCGAAUUUCUCCAGGUGGUGGCUUUGAUAGAGGUCCAAGGCAGAGGAGCAUAAGUUCAAUUGUUAGCACAUUGAGGAAUUCGAUGGAGGAAAGUAGUAGAAAUGCUGCAACUGAAUGGCCUGAGACUCAGGAUUUUGUCCAGGAGCUGGGUCCUGUGCUCCUCCCAUGGGAGAGGGAAGAGGAUAAAGAGGCUUCUUCCGGGGUUGAUAGGCCGAGAAAGCGCAGCAACACGGAGCUGGCUGAGAGGACUAUCCCAGAGCCUGAGCUGCGGAGGCUUAGAGAUGUGGCGUUGAGGAUGAAGGAGAGGAUGAGGGUUGGUCCAGGAGGGGUCACUCAGGUCCUUGUGGAGAGCAUUCAUCAGAAAUGGAGGGUGGACGAGGUGGCUAAGCUGAGGUUUGAAGGUCCUCCAAGCCUGAACAUGAAGAGAACUCAUGAUAUACUAGAGGAGAGGACAGGAGGCAUUGUGAUAUGGAGAUCAGGAAGGUCGGUUGUUUUAUAUAGGGGAAUGAACUACAACCUUCGAUGUGUUCAAUCAUAUACAAAAACUGCAGAGGUUAAUUCUGAUAUUGAACCUAUCCAUGUUGAACAUAAAUUUCAGAAAUCAGGUGCAAAUGGUCUGAACCACUCAGGAUAUAGUGUCAGUUCCUCUAAAAAACCUACAGAGACAUUUGAUAUCGACAGCUUCUUGGAUCAAUUGGGACCACGGUAUAAAGAUUGGUCUGGUCGUGGCCCUAUUCCUGUGGAUGCUGACUUGCUUCCUGGUGUAGUUCAUGGUUACAACACACCAUUUAGACUCCUUCCUUACAAGGUUAAAAGUACCCUUCGAAAUAAGGAAAUGACGGCUCUGCGUAGACUUGCAAGGCAAACCACUCCUCAUUUUGCUCUAGGGAGAAAUAGGGAACACCAAGGAUUAGCUGCUGCUAUCGUUAAACUAUGGGAGAAAAGUUCUAUUGCAAAGAUUGCCAUCAAGAGGGGGGUUCCAAAUACAUGCAAUGACAGAAUGGCAGAAGAACUCAAGAAAUUAACAGGAGGAGUACUUCUAUCGAGGAAUAAGGAGUACAUUGUCCUCUACAGGGGCAAUGAUUUCAUAACACCUAAAGUAAGGCAAGUCUUGGUGGAGAAGCAAGAACAAGCAAUCACUUGGCAGGAUGAGGAAGAGCUGGCUCGGCUUAAAGCAUCAGCCUCGAUUAGUUCGAAACCCAAAGUAUUUAAAAAUCCUCUAAUUGCUGGCACUCUUGCGGAAACUAGAGAGGCAAAAUCUCGAUGGGGAGACUCUAUUAAUGAUGACCUCAGGAAAAAGGAGAAGAAUCACAUGAUUAUAGCAAAACAUACCUCUCUUUUGAGGAACUUGAAGAGAAAAUUGUUUUUGGCAAAAACAAAGGUCACAAAAGCAGAAGAGGCCUUGGCUAAAGUUCAAGAAUAUCUCUCUCCAGCAGAGCUUCCAACUGAUUUGGAAACUGUUACAGAUGAGGAACGCUUCUUACUUCGCAGAAUUGGCCUGAAAAUGAAGGCCUUUCUAAUGCUUGGAAGACGAGAAGUUUUUGAUGGAACAGUGCAGAACAUGCACUUGCAUUGGAAACAUCGAGAAUUGGUCAAAAUUCUUGUAAAGGGGAAGAGCUUUCCACAAGUAAAACAUAUUGCAAUAUCCCUGGAAGCUGAAAGUGGAGGAGUACUCAUUUCAGUUGAUAAAACAACAAAAGGAUAUGCGAUCAUUUUGUAUCGGGGUAAGAACUACAAGAGGCCUCAAAUUUUGAAGCCUCGAAACCUAUUGUCAAGGAGAAAAGCAUUGGCACGGUCUAUAGAGCUCCAAAGGCGGGAGGCAUUAAAUCAUCAUAUCUCAAGUCUGCGAGACAAGAUCUGGAAGCUGAAAUCACAACUUGUACGUAUGAAAGUUGCUGGGGAAAAACCAGAUGCAAAGUUACUUCAGACAGUUGAGGAUGAUUUGUUGAAAGAUGAUGACAAAAUAGAGGACGAAGGAGAGGAGGCUUACCUGCAAACUUACAGCAGUGACAAUGAAGAAGAACCUGGGGAUGAACCGAAUGAAUAUCUCGGUUAGCCCAGUAGAAGGUUUAGUAGUAAACCACACUGGGUGUUCGUAUUCCGAGAUUUCUGCCGUGCUACUCAAGAGGUUGGCGGUUUUGGAUCCAUCCAUGGAUUCUUGCUAACACAAGCUGACCUGCAACAGCAUUAGGGGCCCCUAUGCGAGACGGCAACUUGAGUGUGUAUGUGUGGUGCAUAUGCUUUGCAGUUGCUGCCCUUUGUUUUAGUCUUGGCUACUUCCUGAUGUUCUGAUGGCCUUCCACAUCCUGCAGAUUAGAUGGUUUCCAUUAUCAUGUCCAAGCUGCCUGCCUCCCUUGCAGAAGUUUGUAAAGUGGCAGUGUAAAUCAGGCUCAUGUAAAUCAUGUCCUUUUUCUUUUGGAAGAAUCUUCCGGUUCAUUUUAAAUUUGCAUUAUAAUAUUAUGCACAUGUUAAUUUUUCAUUGAUACAAAAUUCUGAAAAGAUUGCUGGUACGCAGCUACC